CUCCCUUCUCUUGCCUCCUCUCUGAAGGGGAAGCGGCGCUCAUGGGAGGCAACUGAGGCGAGUCAGAGACUAGCCGCGCUGGUCAUGGGACUAACGGUCAGUGUCGGUUCCGUGCCUGCUCUGCCACAGGACACUCCAGCUACAACUCUCUCUCUCUCCCUGGCCGCCAGUGGCCGGAAGUGACGCUCAAAACGUUGGGCGAACGAUCUUGCCGCGCGCCGGAAGUGGGUGAGAGGAACGUUGUGGCUGGGACUAUCAAAAUGGGGAAACAAAAGAAAGCAAAGAAAUAUGCUGCCAUGAAACGCAUGAUCAGCCUCCGUGACCAACGCAUUAAAGAGGCAGACCGAGCAAAACCUAAAGAGAAAAAGAAGGAUGAUUCCAGUGCAAUAAAAGAGAGAGAGGUCCCUAAAUAUCCUUCCUGUUUGUUCUUCCAAUAUAAUACACAACUGGGGCCUCCCUACUACAUCCUGGUUGAUACCAACUUCAUUAAUUUUUCCAUUAAAGCCAAACUGGAUCUGGUGCAGUCAAUGAUGGAUUGCCUCUAUGCUAAGUGUAUUCCAUGUAUCACAGAUUGUGUCAUGGCUGAAAUUGAGAAACUGGGGCAAAAGUAUCGUGUUGCCCUAAGGAUAGCAAAAGACCCACGAUUUGAACGCUUGCCUUGUACUCACAAAGGAACCUAUGCUGAUGACUGUUUGGUGCAGAGGGUCACUCAGCACAAGUGUUACAUAGUGGCUACUGUAGACAGAGACCUCAAGCGGAGAAUACGGAAGAUCCCGGGAGUCCCCAUAAUGUAUAUAUCAAACCACAGAUAUAACAUUGAGCGGAUGCCUGAUGACUAUGGAGCCCCCCGAUUUUAAUCACCUGUUGAAAAGCAUCCAAGAUAAGUCUGCUGGGUCCAACUGCCAAUUUUUACAGCACUGGGCCUGUUACAAGGUUCCUGUUUCUAAUUUAUUUCCUGCAGUGUUUGAAGCUGAACUGAUUUCAAACUUGUCUCUUCGAGAACAAUCAUGUGAACUGUACCCUUUGCUCUGUGUUCCAGAAUAAAUACUCAUUAUUGUUUAGAAAUUGGCUUUUGAGAAUUU